CCUUUUUUGGGAAACAAAUCAAGAGAGAUGGAUGUGCCCACUCUUAUGGAAAUAAAUAAGUAAUCGAGAAAACCAAACUUUUUGUGCGCUUUCAACUGUCCCAGAAAAAGAAAUUAAAUGAGAUGAUGAAGAAGAAAAUAUCCGAAGAAGAAGAGGUCCUCUUUGUUUCGUGUGUUGCACAAAAUGGCUACUACUACUACGACAACAACAACUACUAAGCUCUGCUCUUUCAUUUCAUCUCCUCCUCCUACUUCUCUCCCUCUCUUCUUCUCUCCGCUUCCACGAUUCCUCACUCUUCGAUUCGCCACUGGUCUUAGACCACGCUCUAGGUUUCCGACGACGAUCGAUUCCCGUCAUAGGUCUUCUUCUCUCGCCGCCGUUAUGUUUCCGGGAAAUUCGGUUUUAUCAGAUUUAAGCGCCUGUGGGAUCACCGGCAUCGUCGCCUUCUCCUGCCUCGGUUUCUGGGGAGAGAUUGGCAAACGCGGCAUCUUCGACCAGAAACUCAUCCGAAAGCUUGUGCAUAUAAAUAUUGGGCUAGUUUUUAUGCUUUGCUGGCCGCUGUUCAGUUCUGGAAUCCAAGGAGCGCUUUUUGCAUCUCUUGUACCUGGACUCAAUAUAAUAAGGAUGCUAUUGCUAGGGCUAGGAGUGUACCACGACGAAGGAACGAUCAAGUCAAUGAGCAGACAUGGAGAUCGCAGGGAACUACUUAAGGGACCUCUUUAUUAUGCACUUUCAAUCACAGUGGCCUGUAUCUUCUGUUGGAAAACAUCCCCAACCGCGAUUGCGGUGAUAUGUAACCUUUGCGCAGGAGAUGGUAUGGCUGACAUUAUGGGGAGGCGUCUUGGAACAGAGAAGCUUCCUUACAACAGAAACAAAUCAUUUGCUGGGAGCAUUGGAAUGGCCACUGCCGGGUUCAUAGCAUCUGUUGGCUAUAUGUACUACUUUGCUUCAUUCGGUUACAUCGAGGAUAGCGGGGGAAUGAUUCUUCGUUUCGCCAUCAUCUCUAUAGCAUCAGCUCUUGUGGAAUCACUCCCCAUUAGCACCGACAUUGACGAUAAUCUGACCAUCUCGUUAACCUCUGCAUUGGUUGGUAUUCUACUCUUCUAAUAAUGCCCUCCGUUUGUUCUGUAUCAUCAAAUAAAGGGUCUAGCUUGAUUGCCAUUAGGAGGUAAAACUCCAUUCAUAAUCCGUAUCUUCUUGUAUAUGUACGUAUUAGUGAAAAUCUCAUAUUGUUGUUGUCCGUGGAUCUUAAUUUUCAGCUGCAAUUGCAGCUGGAUUAAAUGUUGUAAUGUUAUAUCCAUUAGUGAGACAUAAUGAUGAGUUACAGACGUUCUACAA